AUGGCGUCAAAGACAGCAAUCAACUUGCAAAGAUUGCUUUCGCCUCGACGGUCCUGUCACAGUAAAGUUGAACUUCCAUCAAGCGUCCGACUUUGCCACCAUCCAAGCCGCCACAUCGUGUCAUUGUCGAAGACCGAGCCUUUCCCAGUCGGGUCAGUGCUUCAAGGCCGCUCAGGUAAGAGAUAUGGCAUCCGAGAGAUUCUUUCUGAGCAACGAGACCCGCUACUCUGUGUUUACAAAGCAAGUGCCGGCGCGGAAAAUUUCGUCCUCAAAAACAUGAUACCGGGCGAGUUUGAAUACCAGCAAGAUUUACAAAGCUCUUUAGCUCCAUGCCCCAGCCUGCGGACACCAAUCGACACUAUUCCUGCGUUCGAGCUACUCGUCUACCCUUUUCUCGCUGGCCACCUCUUGCAAAUAAGCCAGAAGGCUCUUUCAAAAGCAACAAGAAAGUCUAUCCUCAAAAACGCUCUCAAUGGGCUUGUUGUGCUUCAUGAAAAAGGAAUCAUUCACACUGACAUCAAGCCUAACAACAUUCUUAUCGACUACGAAGACUCUACAAGGGACGACAUUAAGAUCUACAGUGUUCAGAUUUCCGAUUUAGAGGAUGCCGUAGUUCUUCCUCCCGGCAAGAAUCUGAAAGGCUGUCUUUGUGGGAACCAAUUGUGGCGAAGCCCGGAGUCUUGGGCCCGAGCCCGGCAGAACACACCAUCUGACGUCUUUUCCUUUGGGGUGCUAACCAUCUACGUAAUGCUCAAUGACAUGGUCUUUCGUGUCAGCGAUGACGAGCUAAGCAGUAAGGACGCCUGGCGGCACAUACUCCGAAGACAUAUAUCGUACUUUGGAGACGAGACCGGCUUCAAGGGUCUACUUCAGCAUAUCGGCGAGGACAAUCCGUUUUUCCAGCGACUUAUCGACCUCGCAGCUGAUUUUGAUGCAGACAGGCCGAGGAAGCCGUUUGCGAUGUGGCAUUAUGUGGAUGCGGAGCUCAGGGAUUUGAUUAGCAAGAUGACGAAUUUGGAUCCAGCAAGAAGGAUUACUGCACGCGAGGCACUGGAGCAUUCUUGGUUUCAACAAGCAGAUUUGCAGUAG